GCCAACAUGGCGGAAAACCGUUGAAAAACAAAUUCAAAAAAUGAGUUCUCUGACUAGUGAGUUUUCUUCAGUGCGGAAGCCGAAACGGGAGGGCAAUUUAACGGAGCCGCCGUUCAGCCUCAGUACGAUCAAAGGGCGGUCAUGCCAGCGCCUCAAGUUCAUGUCAAUAAAGCCGCUGCGGCUUGACGAGAUCCAGAAAGAGAUCGAAGAGGCGGAAAACAGCGCCGAACGCGCCAAUGUGUACUGCCCCCCCAGCAAGGAACCCCGGGGUUGCGCCCCCUUGCAGGACAGCUUCGACCUGAACUUCUCCCCGCUGGCCACCCCGUCCAAGGAGCCCCCGUGUGACAAGUUCGUGACCCCCGAUAACAGGAUCCCGGCCAAGGUGCAAUGCAGUGUGAGGGUGAAGCCCGCACUGCCCGGUCUGAGCGCCGGCUCUCCGGAGGUCUCGUUUCGGAGAAUUCGGGUCAAUGAGGUGGGGUAUGUGGUGCUGAAUGAGUUGGGGAAAGGGGGCAGUUCGCAGGUUUUUCACUGUUUUAACCCCGAGACUAAGCAACAUCGGGCGAUUAAAGUCGUUUCACUGGAGAAUAAGGUCUCGGCUGUGGGGUUCAUCAACGAGGUGAAGAUGCUGCAGACGUUGCAAAAGUGCAAUCGCAUCAUUAAGAUGUUCGAUUAUGAGAUUAAGGAGGAAGAGAAGAAGUUGUUGGUGGUGUUGGAGGUUGGAGGGACUGAUCUGUCGAAGAUUUUGAAAGAGUCGGCGCUCAACAACGCCCAUAUGCCCCUCUACAUGCUGCUCUACUACUGGAUGGAGAUGUUGUACGCCGUUAGGCAAAUUCAUGAAAGCGGAAUCGUUCAUUCGGAUUUGAAGCCAGCGAAUUUUCUCGAAGUGGAAGGUUAUUUGAAACUGAUCGAUUUCGGAAUCUCCAGUUGCAUUCAGAGCGAUAUGACGAGUGUCAUAAAGGCGGUGCCUGAGGGCUCCUUCAAUUACAUAAGUCCCGAAGCGCUAAGCAGUGAGACUAGUUCGAAUGCCAGCAGCCCCUCGUUCGGAAAACCAAAGUACAAAAUUAGUUAUAAGUCUGAUGUUUGGUCGCUGGGUUGCAUCUUAUACCAGCUGGUCUACCGCCGCACCCCCUUCCAGCACAUCACCCAGAUCUGGGUGAAACUUUCGGCAAUCGUGAACCCGGACCACAAAAUCGACUACCCGGACGCCCACUGGGUGCCCCAAAAACUGAUAAAUACCAUAAAAAAGUGCCUUCAACGUAACGCAAAAGCCAGGCCCUCGAUCGACGAACUAAUCACCGACUACGAAAACAUGUUCCAUAGUUUAGUGUAAAUAAACCCUUUAUAUAAUUUUAUACAAAAAAUUUAUUACUUGCCUUUACAAACACUGAAUAAAUAAAAUAAGGCAUAAUUAAAA